GGAGAUGGUUGUGGCUACACGCUUUUUGGCCAAGAAAGUGGAACUUUUACAUCAAAAAACUAUCCGAACACCUACCCAAACAGCACCGUGUGUGAAUGGAAAAUCCAGGUUAAGUCUGGUGAACGGAUUCUGCUAAAGUUUGGAGACUUUGAUAUUGAGGAUGUUGAUUCGUGUCAUUCCAGUUACCUGCGGAUUUAUGAUGGUUUCGGAGCAGCGAGAACUGAACUAGGGACUAAGUAUUGCGGCUUGGCAUUGAGACCAGAGGACGUUAUUGAGUCCAAGAGCCAUGAAGUCACCGUUCUGUUCAUGAGUGGGACCCACAUCUCCGGACGAGGCUUCCUGGCUUCUUACGCCACCACAGAUAAAACAGAUCUCAUUACAUGCUUGGACAAAGCAAGUCGGUUCUCACAACCUGAAUACAGAAAAUACUGCCCUGCUGGAUGUCUGACACCUUUUGGGGAAAUCUCAGGGACUAUUCCUCUUGGCUAUAGGGAUUCAUCAUUGCUGUGUAUGGCGGGCAUACAUGCUGGAGUUGUAUCUAAUGCACUUGGAGGACCAAUCAGUGUUGUCAUUAGUAAUGGUAUUGCGUAUUAUGACACUGCUCAGGCAAACAACAUUACAUCUAAAGUGGGUCCAUUGUCUGCAACUCUCUUCACAUUCAAGACUACUGGUUGUUACGGGACUCUCGGAAUGGAAUAUGGGGCUAUUCCAGAAUCCCAGAUAAGCUCUUCUUCAGUUCUGGAGUGGACAGAUCACACUGGGCAGUAUAAUGUCUGGAAGGCUGACAGAGCAAGGCUGAAAAAACCUGGACCGCCUUGGGCUGCAUCAUUCGCCGAUGAGCAUCAGUGGCUGCAAAUUGAUCUGAACAAGCCGACAAAAGUCACAGGUAUUAUAACCACUGGAUCCACAAUAUCAAUGUAUAACUACUAUGUUUCAUCCUACAAAAUAGAGCACAGUGAAGAUGGCCUCAGGUGGACAAUCUAUAAGGAUCCCAAUACAGAUAGAGACAAGAUAUUCCAGGGCAACUCUGAUUAUCACCAAGAGGUCCGCAACAACUUCAUCCCACCCAUAGUGGCAAGGUUUGUGAAGAUCAGACCUACAAGCUGGCACCAAAAGAUUGCCACGAAGGUAGAACUUCUCGGAUGUCAACACAAUAUUCAUGUUAUUCCAAAACUAACUGCACCGCCAGCCUUUGUGCCACGUGCCAAACAUUAUCCACCACCUGUAGACAAAACAACACCACCACCAGAGAUUAAAAACACAACAGUGACUCCAAACAUUACCAAAGAUGUACCCUUGGCAGCCAUCCUGGUCCCAGCUUUAGUCAUGGUCUGCACCAGCGUCGUAUUGCUGCUUGUUUGUGCCUGGCACUGGAGGAACAGAAAGAAGAAAUCUGAAGGCACAUAUGACUUGCCAUACUGGGACCGUGCAGGCUGGUGGAAAGGAAUGAAGCAGUUUCUUCCUGCUAAAUCAGCGGAACAUGAAGAGACCCCAGUGAGGUACAGCAGCUGUGAAGUCAGCCGUCUGCGACCAAGAGAGGUGGCCAUGUCAGCAGAAUAUGCACAGCCACUGGUUGGGGGAGCAGUGGGCACAUUGCAUCAAAGAUCAACCUUCAAGCCAGAGGAAGGUAAAGAACCAGGGUAUGCUGAUCUGGAUUCCUACAACUCUCCAGACCAGGACAUUUAUCAUGCCUAUGCAGAGCCACUGCCCACCAGUGGGCCAGAAUAUGCCACACCGAUUGUGAUGGAUAUGUCGGGGCAUCCUGCCGGAACCAUGUGCCUGCCUUCCACAUCCACCUUUAAAGCUGCAGGGAGCCAAGGGCCUACACUAGUAGGUACCUACAACAAACUGUUAUCUAGGACAGACAGUUCCUCGUCCACACAGGUACUAUAUGACACCCCAAAAGUGACCCCAGGGGCGUGUCCAGUGGAAGAGAUGGUCUAUCAGGUGCCACAACCAACAGCAAAUAAGGAUGUACCUCCUUAA